AUGGGCUGUACCUUUAGGCCUUAUGUGAACUUCUCGUGAGCCAUUGGGGGUUUUGGGUUUCGUCAGGAUUGCUGGCUACGAGGUUCUUGUUAUGUGGGCUUGGUUUGGUGUCUUGGACUUCUUUAAGGACAUCUUUGAAUAAAUAACUGUAAUUUUGUGUCUUGCGCUUUCUAUAUAAACAGAAGACAUUUGUAUCUCGAGUUCUCAACUGCCAAACUAUUUUUAGAGCAUUGAAGAUGGUGUUGCUGGUUUUGAGGACACCCACAAAUGCAGAUCAAGACUUUUCCCUUCCCAGUUCCUCCUCUCUUUUUCUCAAACUUUUUUCCAUCCAAUUUUGGGUUCUUCUUCUUCCUCUCCAUCCUCCCUCACCAUGGAUGCUUCAUGGUCUCUCCUAUGGCUAUUCAUUCUGUUAUUUUCAGUCAAAUUCCUUCCUGGAACCACAGCACCUGUUGAGGUAAUGAUCCACAAGGACUCACCCCAGAUCAGCGGAACAAGCAGCGAUUCUCCAGAUCGAAUCAAACAGUUAGUGGAGAGCGACUAUGCGAGGCAGAAAAUGAGGCAGAAUCGGCUCAGCAAAGGAAGGAUGGCCAUUGAGUUUGAUCGGAGUAUUGGUGAGGAUUUAUUGUCAAAAUUCCAUAGUCAUGCGGCGAUUCCAAUGCGUUCUGCUGCGGAUGCUGGGUUGGGGCAGUAUUUCGUUUCGUUUCGAGUCGGGACUCCGCCGAAGAAGUUUGUAUUGAUAGCAGAUACAGCGAGCGAUGUAACUUGGAUGAACUGUCAUUAUGGGUGUAUAGGAUCGGUGUGUCCGGACAAUCGUCCGAAAUUUGGCAGGAUCUUUCAAGCUCGGCAGUCCCCUUCGUUUAAACCGAUUCCAUGCUCGUCUGAUACCUGCAAGAUUGACCUUGCGAGAUCAUUCUCCGUGAAGGAAUGUCCUAAACCAGAUUCUCCCUGCGUCUAUGAUUACAGCUAUGCAGAUGGUUCGAUGACUUUGGGGUUCUUCGGCACUGAGACUGUCACAGUUGGCCUGGACAAUCGUCACAAGGUAAGACUGCAUGAUGUGUUGAUUGGUUGCAGUGAAUCAAAGAACGGGACCUUCCAUAACGUCGAUGGUGUCAUGGGAUUAGGCUACAACAAACACUCUUUUGCUGUCAAAGUAGCUGCACAAUUUGGGAACAAGUUCUCUUACUGCCUGGUUGAUCACUUGAGUAGAAGCAAUAUUUCCAACUUUCUCAGUUUUGGACGUCCAAAGGAAGGACCAUAUGAAAAAAUGAAAUACACAGAACUACUCCUAGGCGUCGUCGAUCCAUACUACGCUCUGAAGGUCCGCGGAAUCUCCAUAGACGGCGAAAUGCUAAACAUUGCACCUGAAGUAUGGGAAGUUGGCGUUGACAGCGGUACCAUUAUCGAUUCUGGUACAAGCUUGACAAUGUUAACCGACCCUGCCUACGAUGCUGUCAUGGCAGCGUUUGAGGCUGGUUUAGCGGAUGUUGAGAGGACGAAGCUUGUCGAUGGACCUCCAUUGGAGUUCUGUUUUAACAGUGGAUCAUAUACGAAGAAAAUGAUUCCAAAGUUAGCAUUUCAUUUUGUGGACGGAGUUGAGUUUAAACCACCAGCGAAGAGCUAUGUUUUCGAGCUCGCUAAGGGCGUGGCGUGUCUUGGUUUUCUUCCUACUCCUGGACACUCUGUGAUAGGUAAUAUCAUGCAGCAGAAUCAUUUAUGGGAGUUUGAUCUUGGAAAGAAGAGAUUAGGGUUUCUUCGUUCUGAUUGCAAGUACAAAUAUUUCAUGGAAUCGCAAUCGCUUGAGUUUUCUAGAGGCUAGUUGUUGAAGAUGAGAGGAGCAGGCUGAUGCUAGCUCCUCCAAAACAAUAAAAUUCUACUGUGUUGUAAACAUAAAUAUUAGAUCAUGAUCUACUAAUCUUAUCUACACAAUGAUGAGACUGUUUUUAAGUACAAGA